AUGGCCUGGAUCCUAGGCUCUGUCGAUCCCAACAUUGUCCUGAAUCUUCGGCCUUACAAGACAGCAGCCACAAUGUGGAAUUACUUGAAGAAAGUCUACAGUCAGAACAAUGAAGCUCGAAGGUUCCAGCUUGAACACGACAUCGCUACCUUUAGACAUGAUAGUCUCUCCAUCUCUGAUUUUUACUCUCAAUUCAUGAAUCUUUGGGCUGAAUACACUGAUAUAGUUUAUGCAGACUUGCCUUCUGAAGGCCUCAGUUUAGUCCAAACAGUUCAUGAAACUACUAAACGCGAUCAAUUUCUUAUGAAAUUGAGAUCUGAUUUUGAAGGUAUUCGGUCCAACCUCAUGCAUAGAAAUCCUGUACCAUCACUGGAUGCAUGUUUCAAUGCUCUGUUGCAUGAAGAACAGCGCCUCCUUACACAGUCCAUCAUUGAAGAUCACAAAUCCGCUAUUGUUCCAGUGGCAUAUAUGGCCCGAGGAAAACCAAAAAGCCAUGACAUGUGUACUGUUCAAUGUUUCUGUUGCAAGCAAUUUGGACAUUAUGCUUCUAACUAUCCGAACAAAUUCUGCAACUACUGCAAAAAGGAUGGACAUAUUAUUAAAGAAUGCCCCAUAAGGCCACCCAAGCGAAAUGUCACAGCUUUUACAGCCUCAGUUGAUUCAUUUGUUCCUAAUAAUUCAGCCAAUCCAGCACAUGUUUAG